AUGGCGGACAGGGAGUCCUGCACCGAGGUGACCAGGCUGCCCCGGUUGGCUGUUUCUGAGGAGGCUGACGGCCAGGAAGCCUGGAUCCAGGCGGCCCACUCCGACACCGUGUCCCCCCGUGCACGGGCUCUGGGUGCCGCCUCGAGCCAGGAGACUUCCCUGGGCAGAACCCCGCCAGAUGAGCCGUCCCAGGGCUCCCACAGCGGCCCCCAGCGAGACCCACCCGGGCCCCACCCCUUCCCCAAACCUGAGCUGGCCAUGACACAGAGCCUCACUCUCAUCAGCUCAGAGAACUGGCAGGAGAAGAUGGAAGGGCUCACGGUGCUGCGCAGUCUGGCCCAGAACCACGUGGACACGCUGCUCCCCAGGCUCCGCGACGUCUGCCUCGCCCUCGUGCAAGAGGUGAAGAACCUGCGUUCGGGCGUGUCCCGCGUAGCCGUGUGCACGCUGGGCGUCCUGUACUGCCACCUGCAGCGGGCCAUGGACAAGGAGGUGGACACCACGGCCAGGGCGCUGCUGCACAAGGCGGCCGAGAGCAACGCCUUCAUCCGGGAGGAAGUGGACGCAGCGCUGGGCCACAUGGUGCGGCACUGCACGCCGGCACGCUGCAUCAACGCCUUCCUGGACGGGGGUUUGAGCCACCUGAGCGCGGCGGUGAGGAAGUGCGCCGCCCAGCACCUGGCCGACCUGCUGGAGAGGGUGGGCGUGGCCCGCCUGCUGUCCGGAGGGAAGGACGUGACGGACAGAAUCCUCCCGGCCGUGGUCAGGCUGGCCCUGGACUCCUCCCCGGAACCCAGGUCCUUUGGCCGCCGGAUGUUGCUGUUCCUGUCGUCCCACCGGGACUUUGAUAGCCUGCUGGAGAAGAACAUCCCCACCAAGGACCUUUCCGCCGCCCGCAAGGCGGUCAGUGGACUCAAGGGUCAGGGUCUGGGUGAGACGCCCCAGACCCCAGCCUCGCUUCCCGGCAGUGGCACCGCCAGGGCCUCGACGCUCCAAAGGAAGCUCCUUGUGGUACCCUCCAGGGAGCCCAACUGCAAGUACAGCUCCAAACCUCAGGGGCCCAUCAUCGAAGACAAGGCUGAGUACAUCAGGCAGCUCACCGUUCUGCUGGAGUCCAAGGACUUUAGGGAGCGCAUCAAAGGCCUCGACCAGCUGGUGGCCGACUGCCAGCACAACCCCAGCAUGGUCAUCCGCAGCCUGUUCCCGGUGUUUGACCUCUUCAGAGACCGCCUGCUGGAGUCCAACCGUAAGGUGAACCUUUACGCCCUGGAGGCCCUGCAGGGGAUGGUGCGCUUGCUGAAGGACAACCUGUCCGGGGUGCUCAACCACCUGGUGCCCGCCAUCGUUGACAACCACCUCAACUCCAAGAACCGCGCUGUAUACUCGGCCGCCACAGGGGCCCUCUGCGAGCUGGUGCUGAACCUCGACAACAGCCUCCUCCUGGAGCCGUUCUGCUUCAAGGCACGGGUUCUUAGCGGCCAAGCAAAGGUGGACCUGAUCGAGAAGGUUGCAGAGCUGGUGAUGGAGCUGUACCCCCGCCGGCCCCAGCUGGUGGAGCAGAAGGCGCUGCCCCUGCUGUGGGGCCUGCUGGGCCCGUCCAGCGGCAGCGUGCACCGGGCGACAACCAGCCUGUGCCGAGCCCUCCACCAUCAGAUGGGGCCCGGCCUGCGGCAGAGCGCCGCCUCUCAGCCCCCGAGCGUCGGCAGGGACCUCAACCAGCUGCUGAGAACCAUGUCCUGAAUAAAAAAUGACCUAAGGACGGGAAC